GUCUAUCCCCAGCCGGAUUCAUCAACGAACGGCGCUUACGAAAACGCACGUCGCCGACACACAAUUAACAGUGCAGAGCAGAGAAGGGGUUUUAAAUAAGUUUAUGCAAUGGCUGGAAGGUUACAUUCCUUUACAGCUGUAAUAAGGAAUUUCACAAGGAAUGUUAGUACAUCAAAAGUCAGUGGAUCAGAAAUACGCCAUGUUUCACAAGCAUCUGCUCCACUUAUCUUGGAUGAGAAAUUUGACAAUGCCAGAAAUGUUGUUGCAGCCAGAGAGGCCUGGGUAGAGACAUUAGAUGCAAACACAUCUGAAGUUGGCAUGAUAGCCCUCCACCCAGAUGUUUUUGCUGUUUGUCCAAGGAUGGACAUAAUUCAUGAAAAUGUUGUAUGGCAGAGAAAAUACAAGAUGGUGAGUAAAGCACACACCAAGACAAAACCAGAAGUACGAGGAGGAGGUAGAAAGCCAUGGCCUCAGAAAGGUACAGGUAGAGCCAGACAUAGUUCUAUUCGAUCACCACUUUGGGUUGGUGGUGGUGUCACUCAUGGUCCAAGAGCAUUUACUACCCAGUUUUAUAUGUUGCCCAUAGUUACUAGACACUGACCUGAUGCCCCGGAAUAUUACCAUUGCCACAGAUACAAUCCAGCACAUGAAUCUCAUGCCAGUUUAUGGGUUAAAUGUGUAUAGUAUGCUAAAACAUUCUACACUUGUUUUGACUGUGGAUGCAGUACGUCGCUUGGAGGAAAGGAUACUUUAUCACUUGAAUAGGCCAGAUUUGCAUAAGGAGAAUGCAACCCCUUUCAACAAACAGAAUUAAUUUCCAGAAUAAUUUCAAGAUUAGAUACCUUCAUAAACAAUUGGUGUAUAUAGAGAAAGACACACGGCAGUUUAUGUGUUACCAAAUUGUACAGGUAAAUUUAUAAAGAAAAAGGUAGAGUUUAAUAAAUGUUAAAACUUUA